CAUGGUCAUGCUAUAUCUUAUCAACAAACAAGUUUCAAAGUUUCAAACAUUCCAAUUCGAACCCGUUGGUACAAUUUUAGUGUAAAAACAAUGGCGACUGAAUCAAUCAUCGUUAAGGAUGAUCAGAUCUUCAUUCUGAAUCAACUUUUAUUACCAACCAAAGUUUCAUAUGACCGUAUUAAUGGUGUUAAUGAUGCUUGGAAUGCCAUUCAUCAGAUGAAAAUCCGUGGUGCUCCCGCUAUUGCCAUUAUUGGUCUAUUGGGCGUUUCCACUGAAUUAUCCAAACCAGACGUAGAGGCUCAAUUUGACCAACAAUCAGAUCGAUUAUAUGAAUUUAUCAAACAAAAAGCCGAAUAUCUUUGUACAUCACGUACUACAGCCGUCAACAUACGAAAAGAAUUCAAUGAACUGCUGAACUUUAUUCAACAACAACGGCAAAACAAUGUUUCAUUCGCUUUAUUGAUCGAUUCGAUACGAAAAUAUUGCCAUGGAAUUAUGGAAAAAGAUCGCAUGGUCAACAAGAAAAUGGCGGAAUAUGGCUGCGAACAUAUUCGAAAGAAUUGCCAUGAGUCAAAAUGUCGAUUCAACAUUCUGACUCAUUGCAAUACGGGUAGCUUGGCAACAGCUGGUUAUGGCACAGCAUUAGGUGUGAUAAGAGAACUACAUUCGAAUGGAUUAUUAGAACAAGCAUACUGUACGGAAACCAGACCAUAUAAUCAAGGCUCUCGUCUGACAGCAUGGGAAUUAUUGACCGAUAAUAUUCCAUCAACAUUAAUCUGCGAUAAUAUGGUUGCAUGGUUGAUGGCAUCCAAAACGAUUGACGCCAUUGUUGUUGGUGCUGAUCGUGUAGUGGCUAAUGGUGAUACAGCCAAUAAGAUUGGUACAUAUCAGAUGGCCAUAUUGGCCAAACAUUUUUCCAUACCAUUCUAUGUAGCAUCACCAUUGUCGACGAUCGACCCGACCAUCGAUGAUGGAACAAAAAUUCCGAUCGAAGAACGGUCUGAUUUGGAAAUGAAAUCAAUUGGUUCGAUUCAAAUUGCACCAGCCGAUAUGAAAUGUUGGAAUCCGGCAUUCGAUAUAACACCGGCCAAAUUGAUAACUGGUGGCAUUAUCACUGAACGUGGUGUGAUUAAUCCGGAUCAAUUGAUCCAAUCGUAUCCUGUUUAACACACAAAUAUUGUAGUUUUUUUGGCAAAUUAAAUUGAUGAGGAUUUAGAUUUGAA